AUUCAAUAUCAUGGGUAGUUUUUGGAGCUAUCCUACCUGGCUGAGGAUCGGAUAUUCCUUAAAAAAGUCGAUCUCUAUCCAGAGUAAUCGUCCGCUUCGCUACAUACUCUGGGUAGAGAUAGUUAAAUAGUGUCAAAAUGGCACCAAUAUGUUUCCGUACAAAUGCAGAGACCAGCGCAGCGUCAGCGGCCGCCAUUACUGCACAUCAAGAUUGAGUCAUGGACCCCCGUACCAGUGCCCAGGACGUGAUGCGAUGUGACCUGUGUGAGACCGCUGUGGUACAGAUGCACUGUGAUACAUGUCUUGUCAACCUGUGUAAGGCCUGUGUGGGAGAACACUUUUCUGCUGAUCUCUCAAAACCUCAUAAAAUUGUUCACUUUAAGGACAAAAAGUCUACUCUUAUUCACCCCAGAUGCACCUCUCAUGAUGAAGAAAUGUGUGAGAUGUUCUGUACCCAGUGUGAUGUUCCUAUCUGUACUAUUUGUCUUGCCUCGGAUCAACAUCUCGGACAUAAACUAGCAAGGGUCCUGGAAAUUCGAGACAAGAAAAGGGAUGAACUCGUCAAAAAACAAACUGAACUGAAAGAAAAGAUUUAUCCAAACUACCAAGACAUUGCCUCUGAUGUACAAAUCAGAAUGAGUCAGUUAGAAAAGGAAUAUGGAGAUCUCUCAACAGCUAUAACAAAACAUGGAGAGGACUGGCACAGAGAAAUUGAUAAACUUGUCCAGAAACUUAAAGCUGAAGUUGAUGAAAUGAAAAACACACAGUUACAAACUCUACAGAAACAUCUGGAUGAAAUAAACAAGACAAUAUCUGACAUCAAGGAUGAAAUCAAUUCAGUUGAUAGUGUUCUAGAAUCUACAGACAUUUCAAGCCUAUUCAGUCUGCCUUCCACCCUAGAUAGGUAUACAAACCUUCCAAGAAAAAUUACAGUUUCCAUUCCUACAUUCACCCCAAAGAAAUUACAGGCAGACCAACUGUUUAGUUUGAAAAUAGGGAAAACAAUUCCGUUAAAAUCAGAUAAACAUGGCUACAGCUUGAAGACAAGACAGAAAUCACCAGAAGCUGGAUCCUCUCCCCCAGUCAAACAGCUGCUUGAUGAACCAGAGACUGUCACCACCAUAGACACUGGGUAUGAUAGACUUUACAAUGUGGCCUGUCUGAGUGAUGAAGAAAUCUGGACAAGUGGACAAGACGGCACCAUGAAACUCUACAGCAUCAAUCAGGGAUCACAACUCAAGUCAAUCACAACCAAGUCAGGGAACGAUCCAACUGACAUAGCAGUGACAAAAAGUGGAGAUCUAGUUUAUACAGAUUACAAUGAUAGAACUGUGAACAUUGUGAAGAAUGAGAAGAUAGAGGAGGUGAUCAGACUACAGAACUGGGAACCUAGCGGUGUCUGUAGUACCUCCUCUGGUGACCUCCUGGUUAUCAUGUACAGCAGUGAUAACAUUCAAACAAAAGUUGUCCAUUACUCUGGCUCCACAGAGAAACAAACCAUUCAGUUUGAUGAUAAAGGUAAACCUCUCUAUUCAUCUGGUUAUUUUAACAAAUACUACAUAACUGAGAACAGGAAUCUGGAUAUCUGUGUGUCUGACUAUGGAGCAGUAGUGGUGGUCAAUCAGGCCGGGAAACUGAGAUUCAGGUACACUGGACAUACUCCUGCUCCAAAGAACCAAUCAUUCAAUCCACGAGGAAUCACCACAGACAGUCAGAGUCACAUCCUUACAGCUGAUGGUAACAAUGAGUGUGUCCACAUCAUAGACCAGGAUGGACAGUUCCUCCGUUACAUACAAUGUGGACAGUGGAGUUAUCCCUGGGGACUGUGUAUAGAUACAAAUGACAAUCUGUUUGUUGUUCAUUAUGUAAACAGACAAGUGAAGAAAAUUAAAUAUCUACAAUGACUGAGUGAACCCUGGGGAUUGUGUACAGAUACAAUGAUAAUCUGUAGCUCAAAGGAGUAAUAGACAAGUAAUGAAAAUCACAUACAGUGAAGAUGGUGAAGUACUGCAAGUGACGUUAUAUAACAGUGUAAUAUUUACAUAGGCCACAGAAUAUUUAUUUCUAAAAAAUCAAGGCAUGUUUGUUAUAAUGCUGAUUUUAAGUCAGUGUAUAUGUUGUAUGUGUGAAAGAUAAUAUAAGAUAAAUACUUCACUGGUGAAAAUAUGUAUUUGUGUACUUUCUUAAACAAAUUGCCCACAAAACCACUACCAAGUAACUAUAAAGAUUUUUGUUCAUUGUCUUCAUGUAACAUGUCUAAAGCUGGGAUUUUUAAAACAAUUUGUUUUACAUUUUUAGUUGAAAUAUUUUUCUCCUUUUAAAUUCUUAUCAUACUUUUACCAUCAUCAAAAAUAGGCUUUAUUUGUUUAAAUUUUCAUCCAACUUUUUAUUUUUUUAAAUUUUUUUUAUUUUAUUGUCCUCUGUUUUGUGUUUUAUUAAAUAUAAAUAAACAAUGUCAUUCAUAUGAUUAGAAUCAGCAACAUGCUAUUAAACCAUGAUUAUCUUGGUGUCUUAACUUACAUGUAUAAGGUAUGUCAUUGUAUAUUCAAUGCUUUAUAUAAGGCUCAAAAUUGUAUGUCUGACCUCUUAUUAAUUGUUUAAAAUGUGUAAAAAAAACAAAAAAAAAACAUUAUGUUACAUUUAUGUUACAAAUACAUAUAUUUAAA